AUGGCUCAGCCGGUACACCUGCAGUACAACUCGCCAAUGCCCAUCUACUCGAAUACUCCACUGUCUAUCGUGCUUAAUUAUCUUAGUAUUAGCCCCGCAAUAAAAUAUGAUUUUUUCAGAGAGUCAGCAGAGGAGCAGUACCAACAACAAAUCGGAGCAGUGACACCACCACCGAUCCCUCUGCCGGUUGGUGACAAGCACUUCGAUCCAGAAAAGAGCGCCACUCUGAAGUUGAUCAAGGAGGGUAAUGAAGGCCACUUCGGUGAGCACUUUUUCGAGCAAAUCGCCAAUGCCGAAGCGCCAAAGAUAAUCGACAGAGAGGAGCCGGAAUGGGCCCGCUAUGCCCGGCAGAAAAGCGAACGAGCGCGUUCGCGAACGCCAGCCGACCCCAGUCAGCACAGAUAUACGCCGUCAACGACUCCGAUAGAUCACCGCUACGAUCGACCUCGAGGAGACUCACCUAGAGAGUUCAUGGAGAAAUCAAGAACCUAUACACACACCACCCAUCCGAUCUACGGUCCAGCCUACUAUCAAACUCAGUCGCAUUCUCGUCGUAGAGGGCACAGCGAGCCAAGAGAAACCCAUCCAGGAUACGAGUACGGUGGCCUGGACUACACAAAGGGCCUACAUUUCCCGGCUGCUCCUUACGACUACAGCUACGAAUAUCGCACUCGUAGCAGAGAUCGCGAUCAACCACGUCCACGAUCUGGUUAUGAGCUAGGUGGACUUGUCUUCGGAAAAGGCCAAGUGGCCCCGGGUCCGUAUCACGGCCACGGCCCGGAUCCACCACGACUCCGAUCGCGCUAUUCGGCGGAUCCACGAUCGCCAUGCAACUCGUACUAUGCGCCGAAUGUGGACGAAGUGGAUGCGAACCUCCUUGUCGGUGACACCAUUUCUAACCAGAAGAUCCGUCACGAGGUCCGCCAUAUUGACCAGAGCGAGUUUGGCACCAGCUUUGCGCCCCCGACUGGCUUCAAACGCGAUCACAUCACCGUCAAACGCAGUCCCGUGCCACCGGAGCCGAUCACGUUCAGUGUGUCCGCGAACAAAGCUCGCUACGGCUCCUGCUGGAAACGUUUCGUCGGAACGCGAGCAGAUGUGGCGGCGACAGGUGCAACAGCAACAGCAGUACCCGAUGUCACCGGGAGGCGAGAAAGAGGUGACAGUGAAGACGCUUCUCAAUGA